AUGGCUCCCCUUAACUCGAAAGGAGAUCAAUUUUACUACCAAGGUGGACUUACCUGUAGUGGUUGCCCUACGAACUCCGGUUACGUUUUUGAUUUGAACCAAAAAUCAUGGCGUAAAGUAAACGACGAGCCUCACAAAUAUGGCGCUCAAGCGCAUCUAGUGGAUGAUACCAUCUAUUAUUAUGGUGGCUAUAAUAGUCAAAUGCAAUUUGAAAAUGCAACCAAGCCAGGUGUAAUGAAGCGCUUGCAGGGCGUAAAUACGACUAUACCGUUACAAGCGGCUAUCCUCCAGCAGUUCUUUUUGCUGCUUCUGCACCUAAACCCAGAAGUGAUUUUAUUCACCAUGAUUGGUGGAAUUGAGCACAUUCGCAAUGAUAUUGCGGAACGAAGAACAUUGGUAGAUAUGAUACCCAUGUACGCGAGCCCUGCGGAGGGUACCUACAAACAUAUGACCCUUGACAGUAACAGCGUAAUGCCAGCGCCAAGAUUCGGGCAUACAUUGAUGUACAUGGUUGGUAUCGAAAAUUAUAUGGUGGUUCUUUUUGGUAAAAAUGCGAACGGCUCCUAUGUCAACAAUCCAGUAAGAGCUUUCAAUAUGGAAACAUGGGAAUGGACGAAUGAGCUCCGCUUGGGUGCCAUUCCUACACCAAGUGCGUCUCCUACUGCUGAUGCCAGCCCAACGAACGGAACCAAUAUCACCAAUGACGCUGUCAAGGAAAUUGACAAUGGAGCUACUGUGUCUUCUGGUCUAAGGGGUGGAGCUAUUGCCGGCAUUGUUGUUGGCGCAGUAGCCGGCGUUGCUGUUAUUGCUGCUGCGGGCUGGUUUAUGUCAGCCACGGCAAGGAGCCAGUCAUGAGGAAUACGUUUCGGAACCGGCGAAAGACCGUUAUUACGCACCAUAUCAUGAACCUGAUCAUGAGGGUCCGAUCACCUUGACACCCGCUGAAAUGCUUCAAAAGCCAGAGGGUUUUUAGUCUUGACAACGAACAUCGGAUUUUCCAAAGAACGUCUUUUAUAUUUCGUUAGCUCUUAUUUAUACUCUCCAUGUAUUGUAAUUAUAUCAGCUGGGAAUUCUCAUUCGUUCAGUGCUUUUUCGGUGAAU